AUGAAGACCGCUACUCUCGCCCUUGUCACCUUCCUCGCCGCCACUGGCCUCGCCUCCCCCCGUUACCAGAAGCAAAUGCCAUGGUCCUCGGUCUCUCCUUUCGAUGACGAUUCGAACAAGAUCUGCUGGGCCAUCUGCGCCAAUAAGGACAUAAAGUGCCCGGAGGGUUGGGACGCGACUGGAUUCGGCGAAUGCUACACCUGCUGCAAGACGGUCGGGGACAAUUCAAAGGCCAAGAACAUUCUCUGUAAGUUUCUCAUCCCUGCCAUGAAUUUUGCGAGGCUGUGGCGCUACACCGCUUAG